CAAUUUUCAAUUUAGGCGUGCUUCUUCUGUCUUCAACCUCUCGAACAAACACCUAGCCGUUCAGCCAUGAGUUUGAGCAACUGCGCAGUAGAGAGAGCUUUCAUUGGAGCAGGCUGCAACAGAAUCGUCAACAAUGUUUCUUGGGGUGCCUCUAAUCUUGUUGCUUUUGGUGCCAAUAAUGCCGUUGCCAUUUUCUGCCCUCAGAAAGCCCUGAUUUUCACUACACUUCCUGGUCACAAAGCUGCUGUUAACUGCACUUAUUGGUUACCCACUUCAAAGUUUGCUUUUAGAGCUCAACAACUAGGGCAGCAUUAUUUGCUCUCUGGAGAUGCUGACGGUACUAUUAUUUUGUGGGCAGUUUCUCUCACAGAUAAAAAGUGGAGACAAGUAUUGACUGUACCGCAGCCUCAUAAGAAAGGUGUUACAUGCAUCUCUGGAAUAAUGUUUUCUUCAACAGAAGCAAUUUUUGCUUCAACUUCUUCUGAUGGUACAGUAAACAUCUGGGAAAUCAUUCUUCCAGUAACUGCCCAAGGGGACUGCAAAUUGUCGCAUCUUGAAUCUCUUUUUGUCGGUUCAAAAACAAUGGUAACACUUGCAUUAGCGGAAUUACCUGAUAAUACAGGACAUGUUGUCCUUGCCAUGGGAGGUUUGGAUAAUAAAAUUCAUUUGUAUUGUGGAGAGAGGACAGGAAAGUUUGUUCGUGCUUGUGAACUGAAAGGACAUUCAGAUUGGAUUAGAAGUUUGGAUUUCUCCUUGCCUAUAGGGAAAAAUGGGGCAGGAGAGACUUUAUUACUUGUAAGCUCAUCACAGGAUAAAUCUAUACGCAUAUGGAAAAUGGUCAUACGCGAAACCUCAGAUGACCCUGAAAGGAAAGGUGUUAUAGGCUUAGCGUCAUACAUUGAGGGUCCUCUUUUUGUUUAUGGCUUAGCCACCUAUCAGAUAUCACUGGAGUCCCUCCUCAUUGGACAUGAAGACUGGGUUUAUUCUGUUCAGUGGCAGCCACCUAUUACAUCCACAGAAGGAAGAGGAUACCUACAACCCCAAAGUAUAUUAUCUGCAUCUAUGGACAAGACAAUGAUGAUCUGGAAACCUGAGAGCACUUCUGGCAUCUGGAUGAAUGUUGUUACUGUUGGAGAGCUUAGCCACUGUGCUUUGGGAUUUUAUGGUGGGCACUGGGAUCCAAAUGGGGAUGCCAUUUUGGCACAUGGAUAUGGUGGGUCUUUCCAUCUCUGGAAAAAUGUUGGUAUUGAUUCUGAGAAUUGGCAGCCACAGAAGGUUCCUUCUGGACAUUUUGCAGCUGUAUCGGACAUUGUAUGGGCCAGAUCUGGUAAAUUCUUGUUGUCAGUAAGUCAUGACCAGACAACUCGAAUCUUUGCUCCGUGGUUGACCCAUACAGGAGAUAGGUGCUCUUGGCAUGAAAUUGCACGUCCACAAGUUCAUGGUCAUGAUAUUAACUGUGUGACGGCCAUACAAGGGAAGGGAAACCACCGCUUUGUCAGUGGAGCUGAUGAGAAAGUGGCCAGAGUGUUUGAAGCCCCUUUAUCCUUUCUGAAGACAUUGAAUUGUGCUGUUUCACAGGAAUCUGACGUCCCAGAAAACAUUCAGCUGGAUGUCCAAAUUUUAGGGGCAAAUAUGUCUGCUCUUGGAUUAUCGCAGAAACCUAUUUAUGUUCAUGCUGCGCAGGAAAGUAUAGAGAGACCUGACACAGAGGUCGUUGACACACUUGAAACUGUUCCUGAAGCAGUACCAGUUACAUUAACUGAACCACCUAUUGAAGAGCAACUGGCAUGGCAUACAUUGUGGCCAGAGACACACAAGCUUUAUGGUCAUGGAAAUGAGCUGUUUUCUCUAUGUUGUGACCAUGAGGGAAAGCUUGUUGCUUCCUCUUGCAAGGCCCAGACAACCUCAGUGGCAGAAAUAUGGCUAUGGCAGGUUGGAUCAUGGAAAGCAGUUGGUCGGUUACAGUCUCAUAGCUUGACUGUGACGCAGAUGGAAUUCUCGCAUGAUGACAGUUUACUUCUGUCUGUCUCUAGGGAUCGUCAGUUUUCCGUCUUUUCCAUUGAAAGAAAAGGUGUGGACGAAAUCAGCUAUGAACUUUUAUCAAGGCAAGAGGCUCACAAAAGGAUUAUAUGGGCAUGCUCUUGGAAUCCUUUUGGCCAUGAAUUUGCAACUGGUUCAAGAGAUAAGACUGUGAAGUUAUGGUCAGUGGUGAACAAAAGUUCCGUCAAACACUUAUCAACUUUGCCACCAUUCUCAUGUAGUGUUACUGCCUUAUCUUGGCUCGGUAUUGAUCGUCAAAAUAAUCAUGGUUUACUAGCAGUUGGAUUGGAAAACGGAUCCAUAGAACUCUGGGGUCUUUCUGCUAAACUAGAAGAUGGAUGUAUGGCAACUGUAGGAUUUACAGUUAAUGUUGUUGCGAAGUUUGAUCCAUUCAUGUGCCAUGCAUCAACUGUGCAGCGUUUAGCAUGGAGAAACUCAGAGAAGGUAGAAGACUGCAAAAGCAACCAGCUUGCUUCUUGUGGGGCUGAUAAUUGUGUACGAGUUUUCGAAGUGAAUGUUAGUCAUUGCUAGGAGGAUUUGACUAUAUGCUGAGGCUUCAAAAUUUUGCUGUAGUUCAUUCUGCUUAUUGUUCAAGUACUUAGUUGUGCCCCUUGACUUGUACCCCUUUUUGGGCAGUAGGUAGGUUAAGUGGUGAAAUAGUGUUGAUGGAAUCUACAAAUGAUAUUUUCGUGACACAUCAACACUUCCGAUUGUGAUUUAUAAAGUGAUCCUUGCUGAUAAUGAUAUUCAUUCUUGAAAGCAAAAGCUCUUGCAAAGAGGAAAAAAAAUAAAAAACAAAAAACAAAUUCAAGCUCCAAUAAGAAGGGAUGUGGAGAAAUUGAUGUGUUUUCUACCAUUUGAUCUCAAUGAUAACUUAAUUUAAGAACUAAACAAUGAUAUUGACAACAAUAUGUUGAAACAAAACCUAAAUUUGAUUAAGUAUUUAUCUUUUGCAUUAUUUUGCAAAAUAUUGGUGAUUAGGUAAUUAGAUUUCAAUUUCUUGACUCCAAUGGCUACAUAGUCAAUUAAAAGAACAAAUUUUGUUUUCUCUAGUCCUCCAAAUUCAUCCACUAUUAAAGUAAAUUUCAUUUAUAUGUAAUUAUAGUACAUUGAUGUUGAACAAACAGCUAAACUUUGUUUGAAAUUGAUGUGCAAAAAAAAAAAAAAAAAAAGAAAAUUGAUAACACGAUUACAAUGUAUUUGGGCAUAACAAUUUUUUAUCUAAUGAAAGCAAAAACAAAUACUCCAUUCCUCAUGAAAGAAAAUUUUAGCUUAUCUAUUAUAAUGCCUACGGUCUAUAAAAUCUCAGGAUCGACCUUUAUUCUU